AAAAUAUGAGAUUACUACCAUUUUACUUUUUUCUUGCUCUCUAUCUCGGGGCUCGUGCUGCCGAGGCCGAUGUCUCUUUCUCUAUGUUGGGCUCGACCAGCGAAACCUACAAACAGUUCAUAAAGAACGUACGUAGUGCCCUCACAGUGGGAUCACAAAUCGUGUACGACAUACCCGUGUUAAAAGCAACAGCAACGGGAUCGGCGCGGUUCUUACUAGUGCAUCUCACAAACUAUAACAGUGAAUCCAUCAUUGUGGCAAUAGACGUAGUGAAUGUAUAUGUUGUAGCAUAUCGAGCUGGGAACAAUGCUUACUUUCUAAACGAUGCUUCAGCUGAAGCAGACAGAGUGUUGUUUCAAGGCAUCAAUCACGUGAAACUUUCCUAUAAAGGAAACUACGAUGGACUUGAGACAGCAGCAAAGAUUUCAAGAGAGAAAAUUGAUCUUGGGUUUUCUGAAAUAAGUAGUUCUAUCGGCAACAUGUUCCAUCAUAACGCUGGUACUUCUGUCCCUCGAGCAUUCAUUGUGAUCAUCCAAUCAGUCUCAGAAGCUGCAAGAUUUAAGUACAUUGAGCAAAGAGUUUCUGAAAAUGUUAAGACUACGUUCAAGCCAGAUCCUGCCUUCUUAAGUUUACAAAAUCGUUGGUCCGAUCUAUCUGAACAAAUACAGAUUGCACAGAAGCGAGGAGGGGAGUUUGCUCGUGCUGUUGAGCUUCGAACUGUUAGCAACAAACCAAUUCUUGUAACUGAUGUUAGUUCGCCUGUUGUGAAAGGCAUUGCACUUCUAUUGUACUACAAAGUUAGUGUCGUCAUGGAUGAUAACAUUAUCAAAGUGCCAAUGGCUACCUACUAAACUACUAGAUGAAUCAAAUCGUAUGCACUAUGUAAGAUAAUUAAUAAUAAAGGAUAUCUAU